GUUUAACUAAAACCCUGCACCAAUUUAGAGAAAGACAAGAAGAUAGAGGAAACACAGAAACUUCCAGAAGAAAAAGAAGCACCACCUGCUAGCCCGCCGUCGUUCCUUAGUCACCGUCGUCGCAUUUAUGGAAUGUGACCUAAUUGCUCUGGGAAUGUCACCGGGUUUUCGAGGCCUCUUAUUGCCAAUUUUCCAGAGACCCACUACUUAUUCAGUUGGAUUGUAUAGCAAGAUUAGUCCCAGUGUUAGGUCAGUGUUGCUGUCUAGAUUAAAGUCUUGUUCUUGUGCUGCUGUCAAUGCUGUUGAGUUGAGUCCAAUCAGUGAUUUGGCUCAAAAUGAUACCCGAAAUUCGGAGAAUAGGGAACAUCAGGUAGGAUUAGAUAAUGGGAAUGUGGGUGAUCAGGAGAUUGUAGGAGGCCAUGUGAGAGGCAGGUCUUUAGUUUGGAGUGGGAAAAUGAGGCUUAUAAGGUAUUCUGGGAUGCUUCGAGCAUGUGCCUCACAAGGGGCUUUGAAUGAGGGGAGGGCAAUUCAUGGGCAGGUGGUAAAGAAUGGGAUACACCCUGAUUCACAUUUGUGGGUUUCGUUGGUUAAUGUUUACUCAAAAUGUGGGGAUUCUGUUUAUGCUCGCAAAGUGCUUGGUGAGAUGCCUGAACGAGAUGUUGUGUCGUGGACUACUUUGAUUCACGGGUUUGUGGUCAAAGGUUGUGGUGUUGAUGCUGUUAAUUUGUUCUGCGAGAUGAAGAAAGAUGGUACAAGAGCAAAUGACUUUUCAUUGGCUACUGGCUUGAAAGCGUGUUCUUUAUGCUCAGAUUUGGGCUUUGGAAAACAGUUGCAUGCUGAAGCAGUGAAGGCAGGGUUCUUUUCGGAUGGUUUUGUUGGGUCUGCUCUUGUUGAUCUUUAUGCAAAAUGUGGUGAGAUGGAACUUGCCAAUAGAGUGUUAUUUUGUAUGCCUGAGCAGAAUGUUGUGUCAUGGAAUGCCCUUCUAAAUGGGUAUGCUCAGGAAGGUGAUGGAAACCAAGUUCUGAAAUUGUUCUGCAAAAUGACAGAAUCAGAUAUGAGGUUAAGUAAGUUCACCUUGUCUACUGUCCUCAAAGGUUGUGCAAAGGAAGAAAAUUUGGGAGCAGGUCGGGUUGUGCAUUCUUUGGUUGUCAAAGUUGGGUUUGAGGUUGAUGAAGUCCUGGGUUGUAGUCUUGUUGAUAUGUAUACAAAGUGUAAGAUGGCAAAUGAUGCAGUAAAAGUAUUCAGGACGAUAAAAGAUCCUGAUGUAGUGUCCUGGAGCGCAAUUAUCACUUGCCUUGAUCAACAAGGGCAAUACCAGGAAAUGGCUCGACUAUUUAGUUCAAUGAUAAGCACAGGCAUCUCACCGAACCAAUUUACCAUUUCUAGUAUUAUUAGUGCUGCCACUGAUCUUGGGGACCUCCGUUUUGGUGAGAGCAUCCAUGCUCUUAUAUGGAAAUACGGCUAUCAAUCUGAUCUUCCAGUUAGCAAUGCUCUAAUCACAAUGUAUAUGAAAAUUGGAUGCGUGAGAAGUGGUUCGCAGGUUUUUGAGGCAAUGACAGAACGUGAUCUGAUUUCAUGGAAUGCCCUUCUAUCUGGAGCACAUGACCUAGGUCCAAGAGUGUUCCAGCAGAUGCUCGCUGAAGGUUGCAAGCCCAACAUGUACUCCUUCAUCGGUAUUUUAAGAUCCUGUUCUACCCGCUUGGAUGCGGACCUUGGGAGACAAGUGCAUGCCCAUAUUGUUAAAACAAGCAUCCAUGAUAAUGACUUUGUUGGGACGGCUCUCAUUGACAUGUAUGCGAAAAGCAGGUUCUUAGAUGAUGCUGUUAUAGCUUUCAGUAGAUUGAGUAGUCGAGAUCUCUUCACUUGGACAGUCAUCAUUACUUGUUACGUACAAACUGAUCAAGCAGAGAAAGCUAUUGCCUGUUUCAAACAGAUGCAACAAGAAGGACUGAAGCCGAAUGAGUUCACUAUUGCCGGCUGUUUGAGUGCAUGCUCCCGUAUAGCAAUGCUGGAAAAUGGGCGGCAGCUCCAUUCAAUGGCAAUUAAGGCUGGGCAUUUAGAAGAUAUGUUUGUUGGUAGUGCACUGGUUGAUAUGUAUGCAAAGUGUGGAUGCAUAGCUGAUGCUGAGAAUACAUUUGAGGGUUUGGCUUCUAGGGAUACAGUCUCAUGGAAUAUCAUGAUUUGUGCACACUCUCAAUAUGGACAAGGAGAGAAAGCUCUGGCAGCCUUUUCAAUAAUGUUAGCCUUUUCCAUGCCAGAUGAAAUCACUUUCAUCGGUGUUCUUUCUGCUUGCAGUCACCUGGGUUUGGUUGAAGAAGGGAAAAGGAACUUUGACUCACUUAGCAAAGUUUUCCGGAUUACUCCUACAAUUGAGCAUUAUGCUUGUAUGGUUGAUAUUCUUGGUAGUGCCGGGAAAUUUGAUGAGGUUGAAAGCUUCAUUGAGUCGAUGAAACUGACGCCGUAUGCCAUCAUUUGGGAGACUGUUCUUGGAGCUUGUAAGAAGCAUGGAAAUGUGGAGUUUGGUGAAACUGCUGCAAGAAAGCUUUUUGAGCUUGAACCUGAGAUGGAUUCGACUUAUGUAUUGCUGUCAAAUAUUUAUGCAAAGAAAGGUAGGUGGGAUGAUGUUAGAAGAGUCAGGACAUUAAUGUCCAGCCAGGGUGUUAAAAAGGAGCCUGGUUGUAGCUGGGUUGAAGUUGAUGGAAAAGUCCACACUUUUGUCUCUCAUGAUGUUUCGCAUCCAAGAGUAAAGGAAAUCCAUAUGAAAUUGGACGAACUAGGUGAAAAGCUGGCAUCAGUUGGCUAUGUACCCGAAACUGAGAACGUUCUUCACGAUAUCACUGAACGAGAAAAAAAGGAACAUCUCCAAUAUCAUAGUGAAAGGUUGGCUCUUGCAUAUGCCCUUCUAAGCACCGAUCCUGUAAAAACCAUUCGUAUUUUCAAAAAUCUACGGAUUUGUGGGGACUGCCAUGAUGUUAUGAAGCUCAUCUCAGACAUCACGAAAAGGGAGAUAAUUGUUCGUGACAUCAAGCGGUUUCAUCAUUUUAAGAAUGGCACUUGCUCCUGUCAAGACUUCUGGUGAUUCUGGUAUUCAAAUCUCCGUUGUGCAGAUAGAAGGGUUCAGCUAUAUUGACUUCUAAACGUUGUUUUCAUCAUGGACUAUGAACAGUAAAAUGUUCAUGAGUGCUGAAGUUUCAGAUACAGUUCAAGCAUGAUAAAAUUGCUCGAGGAAAGAGAUAUCAAAUGUUACGAAAUUUCUCUCUGCAUUCAUUGAGGGACAUGUAACUUUCUUUUGGUCUUGCAAAACACAUAACUAAAGAUUUUUGUUGGGAUGAAAUCAUCAACACUGGGCUCUUGACAUGUCUUCGAAGUUGGAUAGGAGAUACAGUGCCUCGAUAUAGAGGAUAAGAGGUGGGUUUGGUUGGUGGUGCAGGUCCAGGUCUUGGCUUGUGAGUAAGGCGGUGGCAGGGCGGGGACUUUAGUUGGGUUAUGGACUUAUGGCUCAUAAAGGCUGAGUCGCUUAGGAACAACCCAGAUUUGAAGCUAGGACCUCCCGUAUUACUGAAUAUGGACGAAAAAUUCAACCCCUAAAUGAAGAAAUCCAUGGUUGCAACUCUUCCAAGACAGUCUGAUUGUCAUCUUCCAGUUUUGAUCACAUAUUCUCAUAAGAAUAGGACUGACCUGACUACUGCGCCAGAUGAAGGCCAGUUGAUGACCAUGCUGUUGGGGCUAGUAGAUGCAAAGAAAGCUAUUGAAGUUGGCCUCUUACGGGAUACUCUUCUCCUCACUGCUCUUGCUAUUCCGGAGGAUGGCAAGAUCUGUUGCUAGUUAAUCAGUAUCUGAUAUAUCCGGUAAAGCUAAUUUUAAAGAGAUGCAUAACUGCAUAUUGCAGCCAUAAAUGUAAUCAUGAACCAUACGAUCAAAUAUGAUUUCCAAUAAUAAUGGAAGCUAGUGUCGAGCAGAAUAGACCUCAUUGCAUCCAAGAACUGCCCGUCCUUCAUAAGCUAUUGGAACAAGUAAGUUUGGCACAUUUUCUAAAAUUCCUACUGGUUAAACUGCAAAAACCAUGAUUGUGACAUGUUUUUCUCAUGAUGUGUGGAUGUUUUGCAGCAUGACAAGGGUAACCACUGGAACUACCAUGAGAGACUAAAUGAAGCUGCUGAUUGAAAGUGGGGAGGUAAAUAGCUGUAUUUAUAACACUCUUUGGGGAGGGUCAGUUGUAAUGCCUAGUGAGUCAACUCCAGAACACAUGAACCAGCUAGGCAGACAGUAUGCUGUAGUGCUUAAGUAGUUACUGCUGAUACUCGAUCAUGUCCAAAUUUAGCAUGCUUGGUUGAUAAGAUCACAAUUUGUAGGCGACUAUACUGAUUUCUCCCUGAUAGUGAGAAUCUACUUACUGCUACUUGUGGAGCCUGAAUGCUUGAUGUUACAAUUCACAUGCUUCGAGUUCUUUAGUUUUCUGAAGCCAAAACUAAUAAAUUGCUGGUC